UGUGCAGAAACUCAGGCACCACAGACAGGAAUAGUCUAAGCAGAAGACCACCUCUCACACGAUAUAAUGGAAAUGUGGCUGACAUGCUCGACUCUGGUCUUCCUCACAGUAGCAGCCAUGGUGAUAUCAGGUCAACAUGUUGUGACUCUGGGCAACGAGAAUGAACCGAGAAGCGUAGAAGUUCCUUUUGGUUCCCCCCUGAAUUUUAGCUGCAAAAUCACUACGACUGAAUAUGAGAAAUUUCGGAUUGCCUUGUAUUUUAACGCCUCUGGAACUUCAUCCAAUGAGUCCCGCCGCUUAACUGAAAAGGAGUUUAACAUAUCUGCAAAGAAAUCCACCGUGAUGAUGGGUGAUGGGCAGCACCCUGGAGAAAAUUUGUGGCAUGUGCCGAGUGCUGCAGACAACAGCAGUGGAUGGUACUUUUGCAAAAUUACAGCAGACAUUCCCAUGUUGAAAACUAUCAUCAGCAAUGGAACAAAAGUGGUUAUUACGAAGCGAAGGGAACAUACAACGCACCCGUCACUACCCAUAGUUACGAGUAAACAAGCAACAACUUCCAACAAUGACCCCCAGGUUAUGGACUGGUGGCUGUGGAUCGCAGUAGGAGUGGCUGGCUUCAUCUUAAUCAUCCUGUUUGUCAUCUGCGCCUUCCUGAGAAGAUCUCACACAAGCAGAGCAGAGGAUCCUAUCUAUAUAAACGCUCAUUCUGUGGCCAAGAAGCAGCCCUCACCAAGGCCGGGGACUGACAACCUGAAGGCGGCUUCUUCCUCUCAAAACCUCCAGAACCCGAGUCCAGGCAGGCACUACGACGAUGGCAAAAGGAGAUACAAAUAGUGAAGAAGUGACUGACUCAGCCCGUGUUCAUACUUAGUCAGAACCUGUGAUACUGGACUACGUACUCCAGUGGAAGUACAUUUUUUAUAAUUAUUUUUCAUUAUAUUUUUACCCAUGUUUUUUGGCUUUUACCUCAAGCCUGAACUUUCUUUCUUAUUUUGUUUCUCCUCAGUGCACUUCUUCUAUGAGCCACUAGAUGGCAGACGAUGGACAAUGUUGAUCCAAAAUGUUUAUUUAAUGUUGGAUUUUUUUUUUUCUUUUCUUUUUCGUAUUUCAACACCUGAUAAUAUUUGAGUAUAUUGCCAGCAGUAGGGGUUUGUUUUGAAAAUAAGCUAAUAACAUUAAAACCAUAGUAUGAAUUUUGUAAUGAAAAGAUAUAUAAGUUUUUUUUUAAUUAACAGCGCGCUUAUUGUUAUAGAGUUAUAUUAAAUAUCCAGUCACUGAUUUUGCUUUAGACCUACGGUAAAUAGCCGGAUAUUGAUAGGUUUCAGCGUCCUGUCAUAAUGUCACAAUUUAAACUGCUAUUCAACAUGGGAUCAACACGCAGCAAAAUAAAACAAAUAAGAGAAAAGCGGUCCAAAAA